AUGACUAAAAUGAGCCAGGAAGAACUUAAGGUGGAAUCAGAAAACAAGCUGUGUUUGGGCCAUCGGUGUGGCUGUGGUGACCUCCUGGUGGCCAUCGGCGGGUUGCCGGACCCGCUAAAUCUCACUCCAGCGAAGAGCCCUGGCUCCUCUCCUCCGGCCACGGCCACCCACCUCGCACCGAGGCGGGCCAAGCUCCGCGUCCCUCAGGCCAGCCGGCGCUUCAGCACGCUCCUCCGGGCCUCGGUCCGCGACGCAAGCGGGCACAUCCUUGCGAUAAUUACUGUAAAACACGGUAAUAAGCAGCUGUCAGCGUCAGCCGAGCCCCGCUUCUGGGUUUUGCCUACUUUCCGCACCAGCGCCAAGUUCAACCCCAUCCUCGCCGGACCCUACCCCGGGAAUCUCUCCGAUUACCAUCAUGAGAUAUAUAAGAUCUCUGACUACAGCAAUGAUGUUAAUGGGGAGACCAAAGAAACACAACCAGUUUUUUUAGGAGAUGAAAGCCGGGAAAUUAAAAAACAAAUUACAGGGAUGAGAAGAUUACUGAAUGACAGCACUGGAAGAAUCUAUCAACGAGUUGGCAAAGAAGGAGAAAAACUGAAGGAGGAGCCCCAAGAUUUAGACUUAGCCUGGGCCCAGCGCCUGAAUUCCCCUGCAGAGUCCCAGGCGAGCCUUCAUCCUUCACAGAGCGGUGCAUGGAAUGAAUUAUCACCCCAAGCUAGCCAUUUUUCGGGGCAAUACGGAACUCGAUCCAAAACGUUCCAAAAUCAAACGCGAACUGUGGCAUCCAAUGGAGAAAUCCCAAUGGUGAAUUCAUCAAUUGGACCAAACUGCUGUACGUGUAAUUGCCAGUCAACCCUGCAGGCUAUUCUUCAAGAGCUCAAGACCAUGCGAAAAUUAAUGCAGAUUCAAGCAGUUGGGACUCAAAACAGACAGCAGCCUCCUGUUCCUCUCAUUUGUGCGCAGAAGUCAACAAUAUCAAGAAAGAGAAAUAAAAAGAAAAAACUGCCCCUCAAAACUAUUGAACCAAUUUCCAUGAAUAAGAAACCCGGCGCUGCAGAGAAUGAAAAGAAGCUAUCAGCAAACUCGGAACGAUCAAGUCUGCAAGCAGUUGAACCCCCCCUAAAACCAGAAACCCCUGUUUCAGGAUUUGGAAUUAUCCUUGAAUCUGCUUCAUCGGAUCCAGAAGUGCAACUUGCAGAAGGUUUUGACGUCUUCAUGCCGAAAUCUCAGCUGGACUCUAUAUUAUCAAACUAUACUCGCUCAGGAAGUCUGCUCUUUAGGAAGCUGGUCUGUGCAUUUUUUGAUGACAAGACUUUGGCUAACUCUUUACCAAACGGCAAAAGGAAAAGAGGGCUCAAUGACAACCGGAAAGGACUAGACCAAAACAUUGUGGGUGCAAUAAAAGUCUUCACAGAAAAAUACUGCACUGCUAACCAUGUGGAUAAACUUCCUGGUCCUAGGGACUGGGUCCAGAUUCUUCAGGAUCAAAUUAAACUUGCAAGAAGACGAUUAAAAAGAGGCUCAGCAGAGGCAACUGACUGUGAUGAGAAGCCGGACAUUUCUCUACUACAAACAGGUAACCUUUUCGACACCACAACAGAUCAUCUGAUAGACGCAAACCCAGAUUUUUCAGCUUGAAUUUCACAUCCUGCAUCAGUGUUUUUAUUGGAUAGAAACAUCCUCUCCUUUGAAUAAUGUUCCCACAAGAUCGGCGCGAGAACUUCAGUGUACUGCAAGGUGUGGACGUCCAUACCAUUUUCCCUUCAAGUUUGUGUUGUGUCAUGCAUUUUCCAUGUAACCUCAAAUAACGAAACCACCAGAUUGCUUCACUGUUCUUCAUCUUAAUUAAAGAUGAUUUCCCUCCGUAUCCAAUGCAUUAUUUAAUUAGCGGGGUAUCCACUCUGAAGGCAUUCUCUUGCCUUUGUUUUUCCUCCACGAUUGUAUUUUUCCAUGUGAUUGUAUCCUUGCCAGCAGUGUUUUGUCUUAAGCCACACAGAGG